CAGGAAAGGUGUUGGCUGGUUCUGAAAUACGCCAGAAUGAGACAAAGCUGUUGGGGUGCGGAGCUCCACCUUCCCGGGAACUUCAGAGGCGCCUCCGGCUCCUCCUCCUCCUCCUCCUCCUCCUCUCCGUUUUGACUGCAGUGAGAUCAGGAAAAACUAUUGGCUUUUCCCAUACACAGCUAUUCACGACGCCUGCAGAUGUCACUCCCGGAGCUGUGCAGAGCUGGGACCCUCUCUGUUUUUACCAGUACAAGGGAUGAACGAAACGAUCAGCGGUGCUUACAGGUCAAUGCUUCGACCCGGCGUCUGAGUUAAUACCAUACCCCAGAUAAAACAAUCUUCUGCCCGCUCCGCUCUUGUUCCAGGCCCUCUGCAAACCCCAGGCAAACGUCUCUGCAGCGGUUCCGGUCAUGCUUUUAGGGCUUCCCUCUUCCGAGCACAGAUCAUGUUAUAACCUAUGAUCACAGAAAGUCCUGAUCCUCACGUUUCUCUGCUGUUGCCUGUGGGCUCCUCCAGAGCCGUGAAGAAGGGGAACUUCAGUCCCAACCUGAGAAGACUGGGUGAGAAGUGCCUAUGACAUCUUGGGAAACAGCCACACCUUCAGAGCUAGUUUCAGUUAAUAUUCAUGUUUAGCAAUUAUGAAGGACUGCAGUAAUAUUCUCCAUUCAGCAGUGAUCCAUAGGAGCAACUCUACCUUCCAUCUUUGGCAUUAGGUCUGCGCAUGGUGACUCGACCCAUGUGAGAGCUCUCUAAUGUGAGUACCCAGCAGCACACUUUGCUGUCUGUGGUCUGUGGACGUUGACUGGCAUCUAAGCAACACCCCAGCUCCCUCCUCUCCCCCUAGACACCAGUGUCUUAGAGCCUCCAUGUACAUUUGCUAUGACAUACAUCAGUGUUGAUGAGAGACAGGAACACUGCCGCGUGGUCUUGAGCUGCCAAAAUAAUCAGCUCUAUGCACAACAUGGCUUAAAGGAUUUUUCAGUUAGCAGCAUGCAUCCACUAAAGAACUUAGACACUGAGAUUUUUUCUGGGGACUUCCACACUCUAGACUCCUGCCAUGCAGGCAAGGCACCUUCGGCCAAUUCUGUGGAACGCCGGAUGUAUCGGAGCGUUGAGAACCUUCACUGGGCAACAGUAGCUGACUCUGGGCUGUAUUCUCACUGCCGGAGCCUGGAUAAUGAGAUCAUUUUCCACUAUAAAGGCACCAGACAUUGGUCAGAAGGCUGUGUGGAUGCAACCCCGGUACAGAGCACAUCAGAUUCUUUGAGGAAGUUUUCUCUUUGUGCUAAGCAGACAUCGCGAUCGGCACAGAAUGUGCUCCUGCCUCCCUUUGCCAAAGUGCCUCAGUGGCUCUUCCCUUCUGCAGAGGAAAGAGCCCUCCACAGGGAUGCCAAAAAAGAACUGAAGGAGAAGCUGAGGCUGCACAGCACCAAGGUGGCAGAGCCCAGCAAGCCAGUGCACCCACAGGCAGCCCUGACUGACCUGACGGCCCGGGAGUUCUUUGAAUGCCAGAUGUGCCGGCAGAACAAAAACGGAUGUGCUGUCAACUGCUGCACAGUGUUAGUGGAACACGCUGCUCUCAGGCAUGGCCUCACAGGGAGGCAGAGACUGUGUUUUGCACACAAAAUCACCAGUCCAGAAGACAUCAAGCAGGAGGCUCAGAGAAGGCUUCAGCUUCGAAGGCAGAACAGUUCCCCCAGUUUGCCCCUUCAAGACACUGGGAAAAGCCAUGAGGUAGCCAAAUCCAGAACAGCAGAAUCCUUAGAACAAUGCAAUGGAGAAACGGAUGUCAAAGCGACACUGGGGCGGAGUCAGAAAGGCCACUGCAGAGGCAGGCUUUACAUCCCCACCUUCGAGGAAUUCAAGCAAAUGAGAAGUAAUGAGGCAAAUUCAUCUACCGGCAGCAGCGGGACAGCAAAGUGCUCAAAUAAGGCACUUCUUACAAACAAGACCCUGGAGGUGGAGAACAAUAAGAAGAUCUGUCCAGAAGCUCUGGAGACCAAAGCUGUGAAUGAAACCACUGCCACCGCAGAGGAGGAUGAUGAUGUGUUCCAUGAAAACCACAUCUCUACUGGCUUUUCUCAUUACCUAGCCACAUCAGAUGGUUUUGGGAUGAGCAGCCUUGAGCUGAAGGAGAGGACCUACCAGAUCUCCAGCCCGGAUAGGUCCCCAGUCCCCAUUUGCUCCAGCCCAAUUCCACGAUCACCUUUGCAGGCAGUAGCGAUCCGCAGGGCUGGGCAGGAGGUCUUCGGUGAUGAGCAGCAGAAAGGAGAGACAAGACAAUUGAAUGAUGUCCUCCACCCUACAGGGCAGUCACUGGCUUCUGAAGCCCAGUCGUCUUGCUGUUCAUCGCUACUGUUAGAAGCCACAGAUUUAUCCAGCUAUGGAGCUAAACUACAAAAAAUGAAGGAUGAAUUCAUAGGUUCAGCCCUGGAACUUAUUAAGAAAAGCUGCAAUGCUGAGACUGCUGCCAAAUCCACCGCCAAGGGACAGUGUGAUCUGAGGAAAGACAAUCUCCCACCUCCAGAGGACAGCAAGCAAUUCACAGCGAUGUCCAUGGCAACAGAGACCUGGGAGAACAAGCCAAGCAAUGAGGCAUCCAGUGACGCUCAACCUGCAGGGAACACCUCCAGUCCUGGCUGCCGCCGAUCCAGCUCUAACAUCGUCCAUGAGAACACGGACAGUGCCAAGGCCCUGCGAGAGUGCCGGCUCCGGCCGCACUUCAGUGACCCCAUGCCAACGGACUCCGUGAAGAGGAAGCAGCUGGAGCUGAAGAUUGCGGCCGCAGCACGGCAGCAUGCACAGAAGCGCCGGCAGGAGCGGGACUAUGGUCCAGUGGUAGCAAAAGCUAACCUUGGCCAUGGUGGCAGCUUUGACGAGACGCACCGUGCCCCACGUGGCUCCCUCCGCUCCAGGCACCACUGGAGCAACGUCAGCAGCCUGAGCACGGACAGUGGGAUUGUUGGUGUGAACGAAGACCGGGACAACCCAGAUCCCAGCGAGGCCACCCGGACCAGGUCAGUAGAGGUGGAGAGGGCAGACAGUGGUAUUGGCAGGACACCAGCCAGGAAGUGGAGGAACAGGGCAGCGGAAAUGCUGAGCUCCCUGCAGGCCUGGGAAGCCCAUCGGCCCUGCACCGACUGCGGAGAGAGGGAUCUCCCAGUGGAGACAGAUGCACAGAACUGCAACCAGAGACGGGCUGACCUCUGCGAGAAGUGCUGCAAGCGCAGGACGGAGCGCAAGGAGUCCGUGCUGGAGUUUGUCAAUACAGAGGCCAGCUACGGAGAGGACCUGCGCAUCAUCAAAGAGGAGUUCUACCUCCCCAUGCAGGCAGCUGGGCUGCUGAGCCAGGAGCAGCUCCUCGGCAUCUUCAGCAACAUCCAGGAGCUCAUCGACCUCAACGAGAACUUCCUGGAGAUACUCCAGGAGGAGAUCGAUCAGGCUUUUGACCAGGGUGAUGAUGACCUGAUGACUGUGUGCAUCGGUGAAGUUUUUCUGGAGUUCGUCAACAUGCUGCCAGCCUUUCAGACCUACUGUCUUCAGCAGUCCUCCUCCGUCAAUAUGCUGAACGCGCUGGAGAAGGAGAAAGAGUUGCUCAGAAUAUUUCUCAAUGUCUCCCAGAAUGACAACACAGCACUGCGGCGGAUGAACCUGAGAUCCUUCCUGAUGGCCCCUUUGCAAAGAGUCACCAAGUACCCUCUGCUGCUCAGCAGAAUCAUCAAGGCCACCACCGAGUACCACCCGGAUCAUGGCAGCCUGCGGGAGGCCAAGAGCCGCAUCGAAUCCCACUUGGAGCACAUCAACAUGAAAACCAAGCAGGAGGGAAACACGUGGACCCUCCGCUCCUUUCGCCAGGACAGCAAAAAGAAAAGAGAAGUCAUCAACAUCGAGAUGAGAGAAACUGCCCUCAAAACUGUAGGUUGGCUGCGGGAGGAGACGCAAUUUGUGAUGGAGGGGCCUCUGCAGCUGGCCCAGCCCCCUGAUGGCCAGUGGGUGAAGAAAGGCAGCAAGACCCUGAAGUUCCAGAACAUGCAGGUCCUCCUGCUUGUGAACAUGAAGCGCAUGUCCGAGUCCAGCCUGGAAUCAGCUGAGCCAGGGCCUGUGAAAGAUGCUGUGCUGGUGCUCAUCAGGGACAAAAAUAACGGGAAGUUCCAUUUGCUCAGGGAGCCCUUGAGGCUGAGUAAUUGCGUCGUCUCCACAGAUCCCGACUGUGAUGACACUUUUGAACUCAUUGAGAUCAGGCGGGAGGCGUUUGUGUUCCGGGACAGUGACCGGGCAAGGACUCACCAUUGGUUCAGGCAGAUCAGGCGGUACUCAAGGGAGCUGGGCUCCUGGAAGAAGCGGCGGAACGCACUGCCCAACAUCAUGAUCAGCACUCCUCACACUCGGCCCUGAGUCCAGCACAGUCAGCGCACAGGAGAGGCUCAGCUUUACUUGGGCCUCGUGCAGGGCCCAUCGAGAGGCUCAGUGGCUUGAACUUGCUCUGGGUUUUCCUCCAUGGAGAACAUGGGAAGGAGCUUGGCCCAUGUCAACUGGUAAUUCUUUGCAGCACUGGAACCAAAUGUUACAGUCUAAUUCUGGGCUCCAGCCUUAGGACUCACAGCCUGUUUGAGGCUGAUGUAUAAACACAAAUACACUUCCCUUGAAGAGCAAAUUUCUGGAGGAAAAUACUGAAUUUUACUUGUUAAUAUUGCACUGUGGGAGAAUGGUGUAUGAUGUUUGCCAUUGCAUGGAUUGCGCUGAAAGCCGAUCUUGACCACAUGAGAAAGGUUUCCACCACUGACUAUAUUUCAUCAGCAUUAGGUAAAGUCAGGGUCAAAAAUAGGUGCAGUAUUAUCCAACACAGGAGGAAGGUUGGAGAAAAUGAUGAUUUCCACCACUACUCCUAAGGAUUAUAUUUCAUUAAUCAUUUCUGUACAUUCAGUGAAAAUACUUGCUUAAAAAGAAAAGUCUUUAAUCCAAACUAUGUAGGUAUCAAGUUGCUCAGAUUCAGCUGCAUGCACACAGCAAACAAAAAAAGCAGACAAGAAUAAGUGGCGUUCUUGCUCUCUCACACAUACAAUCCAAAUGUGUCUAUAUCCUGUGGAAGAGCAGUAUCUCUCCACUUAAAGUCUGCUAUUUAACUGACUUAGGGAUUGGAACGUAAUGCUGCAUCUGAAAUAUUCCAGAACUAUAUGUAAAUAUAGCUCUGCUACCACUAAUAGUGAACCUAAAAGUAUAUGAUUAUUUAAAUGAUGUAACCUAGUGUAUUUCAAAAUUUAAUGGAAAGGAACAAUUUACAUUGUACUGUAGAUUAACAUAAAAGGUUUUAAUAAUUAUGUUUCAAUGACUCUAGGUGGGUAUUUUUUGAUAUUUGGGUUCAUUUGUUUUCUGGAGAUGGUAUUUAAUUUGGUGUAGAUGGCAUUCAGGUGAGCGAUGUGCCUGCGUGCGUUCUUUGGACCUCUGAACAAGAAGCUAGCCCUAACGAAAGUGAGAGAACAGUACUGCUGUGCUUCACUAAUUAUUACUAGGCAACAACGGACUGGCACAAACUCUUACGCUCUGGACACAGUCCUCACGGGGCAGUUCAGUUCCCAACAUGCCAGAAGCAAGAGCUGCAACUGGGGCACAAAGCACCCCCUGUAAGCCCACCCUCUCCCAGUUCCUCAGCGUGGAAAUUACUUGAUGCUGAACGAUGGUAAAAAGGCAGCGAGGGUUUUAACCUUUUCAGGCUGACAUUACCACUGACGGUAGCCUUGUGAUUACAAGAUCAGCAAAAUGUCAUGCUGCAACUUACACAGCAAAGGCCAGAUUACAACCCCAGAGGCUAAAUUAAAGGAGCAUGAAUUUUGGACAGUGGAUCUCAGAGAGUAGUCCAUAAAGGUUUUUCUUUCAGAUCCAUACAGUAAAGACAAAGCCAAUCAAUACUAUUUACUGUCAACAAAAUAUUCCUGCUCCAGGCAUUCAUUUUACAGGAAUAUCCACUCAAGGACAUAUUAGUAUAUUUGUCCAGAAAUCAAUUAACAUUAACCCACAAAUUAAGG